AUGUCCGAUUACGAGAAAGGACCAGAUCUCAUCACUUCUACUGGAUCGCCUUCGGGUAAGUUCCACCAAGGUGAGAAGGACCUUAACGUGCAAGUCCAGAGGCAAUUAAAACCAAGACACAUUUCCAUGAUCGCCAUUGGUGGUACCAUCGGUACGGGUCUUUUUGUGUCUACAGGAGGAGUCUUGGCCGAGGCCGGCCCUGUGUCAUCGUUGAUUUCGUUUAUUUUUAUAGGUACGUUGGUGUUUGCGGUGAUUCAGGGUUUGGGGGAAAUGGCCACCUACAUUCCAAUUUCGGGUUCUUUCACCCAAUUUACCACCCGGUGGUGUUCUCCCGCGUUGGGAGCCGCCAACGGCUACUGCUACUGGUUCUCGUGGGCCAUCACCUAUGCGUUGGAAUUGUCGGUGGUGGGCCAGAUUAUCUUUUACUGGACCGAUGCUGUGCCAUUGGGAGCAUGGAUUGGAAUCUUCUUUGUGAUUUUGACAUCGGCCAAUAUGUUCCCUGUCAAGUUCUAUGGAGAAAUCGAGUUUUGGAUCUCGUUCUUGAAGGUGAUUGCCGUGUUUGGAUGGUUAAUUUAUGCUCUUUGUAUUGUUUGUGGGGCAGGUAAAACCGGGCCUAUUGGCUUCAGAUACUGGAGAAACCCCGGCCCUUGGGGACCCGGGAUCUUGGAGGAAAACAUCAACACCGCCCGGUUUUUGGGAUGGUUAUCCUCAUUGAUUAGUGCAGCUUUCACCUUUCAGGGUUGUGAGUUGAUUGGUAUUGCCUCGGGUGAAAUGAAGUCGCCCAAAUCGUUGCCCAAGGCCAUUCGCUCCAUCUACAUCAGAAUCAUUGUGUUUUACCUCUUAUCGAUGUUCUUCAUGGGAUUAUUGAUUCCUUACACCAACCCUCGGUUAGGAGGGGAUGGGUAUGCUGUGUCAUCUCCAUUUGUGAUUGCCAUGGACUUGGCCGGCACCAAGGUGUUACCAGAUAUCUUCAACGGAGUGUUGUUGAUCACCAUUAUUUCGGCUGGAAACUCCAACAUUUACUGUGGAUCCAGAAUCUUGUACGGAUUGGGCCAGGCCGGUGUGGGACCCAAGUUCUUUACCUUGACCACCAAACAUGGAGUGCCAUACGUGGCAGUCAUCAUCACCUCGUUGUUUGGGUUGUUGGCGUUCUUGGUGUUGUCAGAAAACGGAAGCACUGUUUUCGACUGGUUAUUGAAUAUCACCGCCGUGGCGGGUUUGAUCUCCUGGGGAUGGAUUUCCGUCACCCACUUGAAGUUCAUGGCCAUCUUAAAGCAGAGAGGUAUCUCCAGAAACUCGUUGCCAUUUAAGGCCGUGCUCAUGCCUUACUUGUCACAAUAUGCCACCAUCACCAUUUUUGUGUUGGUGUUUCUCCAGGGAUUCUCGUGCUUCUGGAACAUUACCGCCUCCGGCUUCUUCACCCUGUACAUCUCCGUCAUCUUAUUUGUGGUGGCCUACAUCGCAUUCCACUUUUACUUUAAUGGCUUUGGCAAACGCACGUUUUCCAAGGAAGCUUUCUGGAUCCCCGUGGAAGAAUGUGACAUUGACAGUGGAGUCAGAGAAAUCGACGAGUACUUUGUCGAGCCCGAACCAACCAACCUCUGGGAGAAGAUUUGGGCCGUGCUUGCGUAA